AUGGCAGCAGAAAUAAUUAAUAAAGAAACAGAAAAAACAAAUAAUAAUUUAGUAGAUUCAACAAUGACUAAUUCAUCUAAUUCAAUUAAAAGUCAAACAAAACCUCCAUUUGAAUUAAAACAACCUUUAGCUGUUUGGCCUUUAAAAUUAUCUUUAAUAAUUUUUGGAAUUCAAUUUUUGGAAAGAUUUUCCUUUUAUUUUUUAAAAUCUACACUUUCAAAUCAUUUAAUUGAUAAUUUGAAAAUAAAUAUUUUAACAGCCAAUACUUCACAAAAAUUAAUUAUUCAAGUUACUCUUUUUGCUGCAAUUGUUGGGGGAAUUAUGUGUGAUAUUAAAUAUGGAAGAUAUGGUACUCUUGCCUGGUUUUUUCCAAUUUAUUUGGUUGGCCAAGCAUUAAUUACAUUUAGUCCACUUAUUCCAUUACCUGGAUUUUUCCAUCCUUAUUUUGAUUUUUUUGCUCUUUUUCUUCUUUCUUAUGGCUGUGGAUGUAUUAAAGCAGUUUUAGCUGCUUAUGGGGCUGAUCAAUUUAAGCCGCCUAAUGUUACCCAAAUUGGAUGUUUUUUUGCUUUGUUUUAUUCGUUGGAACAAUUUUCAAUAAUUUUUGGAAUUUAUUUACUUCCAAUAAUUAAAUUUUUCUCUCAAAUACCAACAGACAAACCUUCAUUAAAUAUUCUUUCUUUAGCAACAUUUUUACUUUUAAUUUCUAUUGGUUAUUUUAAUUAUUUAAAUUAUAUUAAUUCUUUUUUUAAAGUAAUUUUAUUUGGAACAUCUAAUUAUUUUUAUAAAUUUAUUCCUCAAAAUAAAAAUCAAAAUAUUUUUAUUAAAUCAUUUAAAAUAAUUAAACAAUCAUUAAUUAAUAAAUAUCGUCGAAAACCUUUAAUUACCUCAACAAAACAACCAACCCCUAAAUAUUUAUUAGAACAUUUUCUUAUUGACCAUAAUUGUCAGAGAGAUAGAGAAUGUGAUUUUGGAAGAAAAAAUAUUUGUGAACAAACAAAAUUUAUUGGAGAAUUACAAACAGUUAUUCAAAUAUCUUUUGUUUUAUUGCCACUUUCAAUUUUUUGGGCUCUUCGAACUAAAUUAAUAUCAAUUAAUAUAUCACAAAUUCAAAAUAUCGACACUAAAUUACCAUUUAUUGGCCAAUUACCUUUUUUGCCGCCUGACCAAAUUUGUUGCUUAUUACAGCCUAUUUUUGUUAUUUUAUUAUUGCCUUUAUUUUAUGUAAAUAUGUUUAUUUUCAAAUCUCCUUCAAUUAGUCAAUGUUUAUCAUUAAACACUUAUCUUCGCCGUAUAUUUAUUGGUAUAUUUUUAUGUUCUGUAGCUUGUUUUUGUUCAGCAAAUAUUCAAAAACUUUUAUUAUCAAAUAACAAUUCAUUAAUUAAAUCAACAGAAGAUUUUACUUUAAUUAAAUUAUUUAAUUUAUUUCCUUCAAAAUGUUCUUUUUCGAUUUCUAAAAUUAAUUCAAAAGAAAAUUUUGUUAUUAUUGAGGCAAAUAAUUCAAAUAUAUUUUCUUUAAAAUCAGAAGAUUUAACUGCUGGUUAUGUUGAUUUAUUAUUUCGUUUUAAUGGCUCUUCUUGCUCUAGUCAUCGAAAAAAUUUACUUCGAAUUUGGCUUAAUUCAGCAACAAAUAAUCAAUUUAAUAUUGCUUUAGUUGGCCCUCAAGGAAUAUUUUUUACAUCUUUAGAUAUAAAAAAUACAAAAACAAAUGGUCCUUCAAAUUAUUUGGGAUUUUUAAAUCUUUUACCUUGUAAUUCCCUUUCCUCUUCUUCAUUUUCACUUCCUUCUGAAUGUUCUAAUUCAACUAAUGAUAUAUUAACACAAGCACUUACUCCAUUAAAACAAUCUUUAUCUAUUUGUGAUGAUUCUAAUAAUUGCCCUAUUAAUUGGGAUUUAAAUGAAGUAUUUAAUUUAAAUUUAAAUUUAUUUUUAAAUAAAAAGAUUUCGUCUUCAACAUUUUUUGUUUUUCCACCGAAUGGCGAUAAUGUUGGGAAAGGUCGAGGAAGUGUUUAUUCAAUCAAAGCUAUUCCUACAGGAAAAUAUCAAUUUUCUGAUUUAAUUCCCCAAACAAUUAUUCCAACAACAACAAAUUCAACAAUAAAUCCUCCCUUAAAUAUUAGCAAUAAUCCAUUAAUAUCACUUCUUCCACAAAAUAUAAAUGUAGAUGGUACUGGAUCAAUAUGGUUAGCAGUAUUAUCUUUGGAUGGAAGUCCAUUAGCUGGACAAAAUGAUUCAACAACUUCUUCCUCAUUACCAAAUCCAAUAUUUACAUUUCUUUUACUUUCUGGCCCUCCUCAGUUGGGCAUUUUAUGGUUAUUUCCUCAAAAUCUUUUAAUAGCAGCCUCUGAAGUAUUAAUUUCAGUUACUGGUCUUGAAUUUUGUUAUAUGAAAUUUUUUCAACUUUUAUUUUGUUCAUUCUCUUUAUUUAAUGUAGCUUUAAUUUUUGCUUUAAUUGCCUAUUUUUAUUAUAAUUAUCGAGAUAAUUCAUCAAUUAAUGGAGGAUUUGUUGAAAAUAAUCAAAAACAAUUAUUAACAGAAGAAAUUGGUGGAAAAUUUACUGAAAAACUAAGUGGAACUUUGAGAGCAAGUAUGGCCCGCCUUCCAACAAAAAAAGUUAUUAGACUUUAA